CUGCGUUUUGUUACUCCUGCACAUAACCAGGGGAACAAAAAUAACCCUCUUAUUUGGAUAUUACUUGGAAGUCCGUGAUAAAGCAAAGACACUCACGACCGAGGACUGAGGCUGUAAUGUGAAAUGACAGCUUAAUGAAUAUUCUGGAUGAGGUCCUUGGAAGAAUCGGCUUGAUCCCAUCAGUAAUUCAAAGCAUAGUUCUAAUCUAUUGACCCACUUGACCAAAACGAUUGUACACGCUCAUAUGACCAGGAAAGCCAAUGUUUUGAUUACUCAAUGCCCUUUGGACUUCUUGACUUUCCCUCUGUUGCGAAUAGGUGGGGCCGCUUAUCUCUGUUUCCUGCGUAAUUUCACAAUAACUGCCCGACCUUUUCCCCAACAUGGAUGAAAAGAUCCAAAGCCUAGAUUGGAAAGUGGACAGUAUUAGUUCACUGCCGCAUAUUGUUCGGUCACCGGUCUAUUCUCUUCAAAUCACAUAUGUUCACCGAGUGCAUUGUCGUUUGAUCCUCGACUAUCACUCGCCAGCGUGGUUUCUUCAUCUGGAAAUCCUCGGUAAAUUCUCGGGUCAAAUCACCCUUUGUGCCUCUUUGCAAUGUAAUGAUUUUCGACAAACUCGGACCCGAAAGACCAAUUCAUUGACCAAGUCAUCCACAAUCCAGCCAUCUUCAUCAAACUCAAUGUGUUUGGUGAGCCUUCGUGUUCACCCACGUUUCCAUCAGCAGUGGAUCGAAUUUUAAGUCCUAGCUUGGCACAUGACAUGUGGCAAGCAUUUGAGAAUGGGACAGGUGCAAAUUUGACGCUCGUGUGCCUUAAUGAGGAGGAAGAAUUGGAGCACAUUGAUGUCCAACGAGGGAUUUUGGAGGCUGCCAGUCCCGUCUUUCAGGCCAUGUUUAAGCACGAAGGCUUCUUGGAGAAGCAAAGUGGAUCCGUUAAAAUUCGAGAGAUCCAUCCGGAAGUGCUAAAAAGUGUUUUGCGCUAUCUAUAUACGGGCAUACUUUCCAAUGAUACCAACGUUCCGAUCCAAGAGGUCUUGAUUGCAGCGGAUCGGUUUCAGGUCGAGCAUUUGAAAAUCUUGUGCGAGGAGAAGCUUUGCCGAAAUUUAGACCAUGAAAAAGUUCUAGAUUUGGCCUUCUUGGCCCAGGAUUACCACGCCAAAUAUGCUUUGGAUUAUGCCAUCCAAGGGAUCAUCCAUAAUUUUCCUCAUGUCAUUCAAGAAGCGAAGUGGAAAGUUUUAACAAAGAAGUAUCCAGAAUUAUUGUGGCACAUUCACCAAGGAUUGGCUGCAAAGUUAUUGGACAUAGAAAAAAAUGAGCAAUUCACCUACUAGAGAUUAUGAGGUCGGUCUGUCUGUCAUUUGAAUGAUCAUUUUAACGUGGUGCCAAGGGCUAUCUCUUUCAGAUAA